AUGGUUCCAGAGGGGAUGCUUGCCUUCAAUGAAUUCUCAUGGUUGCUAGGAGGCUUGCAGCAACCAAGGCAUGAAGCUUUUUGGAGUUCCAAGGUCCUCAAGCAGUUAGACUUCUCCAUGUGGGUGGGGAGCCACCCACUUUUGUUUCUUGUUUUCUUACCAAAGCUUGAAGAGGAAAGAAUGGAUAAGGGUGCUAGUCAAAAAGGUGAUCAGCACAUGGGUUUGCUUGGUUUUGAUGAUUUUGACAGAUAUGCUGGAUAUUUUCCACGAUGUUGGGCUGGGCUAUUGUGUUUGCAAGCCAUUGGAUAUUUUCCUAAGCUAUUGGGCCAUUCCUACUCUCUCAUGCUUAUCCAUAUGUUUGGGCUCAAGAAACAGGCUCGAGUUUUGGUACUCCCAAGCAGCCCAAAACUUCCACUUAUUGGUCUAUCAAUGAGCCUCGUGAAUGCUCGUAACCAUCUAUACCACAACCCGCUUAGCAAGCCACAGACAUUCGUGUGGCUUGGGUCCACUUAA